UCUAGCGCGCUUUCCCAUGGUGCCCAACGGCCAGCUUGCUUCCCGAUUGGCUGUCUUCCGCCAUCUUUGUUAAGGGCACCAAGGGGGCUCCUGGCCGCCUUCAAGGUCUGGGCGGAGGCCCCGCCCCACUCGGUUUGUGGAUACGUGCCGGAAGGUUCUAGCGCGCAGAUAUGUGCGGGUCUGAGGAGAACGUGCAACGCCUGCGGUGGGCACAGGGUAGGAGGGAAGCGGACGAGCGACGCUCACGUGGUGCUAGGGACCGUCUCCUAAUUCCGCGCCAGCACUACUGGUGUUUCCGGAGCUGGAGAGCGCUUUUGGUCCGGAGCCCAGCUUCCCGCAAGGUCACCGCUGACCGGGCUUCCCUACACGACCAUGCAAUGACAGAGACGCCCAGGGCUGAAAAUGGAGUCCUUAAUAUUGAACCAAUGGCCUUUAUUUUCUCCAUCUUUAUUUGAUGAUGAUAAAAAGCUAAUUCUUUAAAAUGAGCGCCUACUGGGUACCAAGCAACAACCCUGUGCUUACGGCCCUGGGUUGUUGCAGAGAUUCAAAGAAACAAUACGUGCAAAGCACUUAGAAGAGAGCUUUAACAAGUGAGUGCUCAGUAAAUGUGGGCUACUAGUAGGUUUUACAGACGUAGCUAAUAGGUGGCACAACUUGGGAUUUGAACCCAGAACCACCUGUCUUUAAUGGCUGCCUCUUCACUGCCUGAUACCUCCCAAAUCCAAAGGAUUCACAGCUUUAGCGAAGUGCACUCAUUGCUCACGUGAGUAAACUGAGGUCCAGCUGGGGAAGAGUUUCUUAGUAAUCACUACCACCCAAGACCACUCAUUCUGUUCUCACUUCCCUGACGUCUUGUUUCCCUUGCCUCGUUCGUUCGUUCGUUCGUUUGUUCGUUCAUUCAUUCAUUCAUUCACUCAUCCAUUCUAGGUCAUUCAUUCAUUCAUUCAUUCAUCCAUUCUAGGUCCUGCCCCCAAAGAAUCUUGGUCUAGGGGUUAUGCCGAUCCAGUUAGACCUCAGAGCUUGAUAUAUGAACAGGGUACCUGGCAGGAAGGCACUCGAAUCUAAAUAUCCACCUCACCAGGGUGCUCACUGUUCACCAUCCCCAGCCUCAUUAACUCAGCUCAACUUAAGAGCACGGGACCUGGAGCCACGGCCUGGAUUCAAAUGCCAGCUUCACCACUUCGCUGGAUGACCUGGGAAAGUGACUCUUUUUCUUUUUUUUUGCCUCUAUUUUCUCGUCUGUAAAGUAGGGGUCCCAGGUUGGUGGGAGGCUUUAAGGAAGUAAUCUGUCUAGAGUCUUUAGCCAAUGGUCUGGCCAGUAGUAAACUUAAUAAAUGCUUUCUUAUAAUUAAUCUUUGCAACUGUCCCAGAAAUGAACACUGUGUUCCCCAUAUAAUAAAUUAAUAAAAUGAGGCUCAGAGUAGAGUCUCUUGCCUGAGGUCACACAGCUAUAAAGUGUAACUAGGAAGCGUAGCAUGCCGCAUUUGAAUCCCAGUCUCUUUGGCUCCAAAACUAGUCAGUCGUGGGAAAGGAUUGCUCCAACCACUCAACCCCAGAGAAAACGUGAAGAAUAUUAAUCUGUAAAACCCAAGCCUGGGAGAGGGGCUUCUGUGCGCGGGGUAAUUUGCAGACGCUCCCUGCUGGCGGGGACCACACGACCUUUCCUUCAGCCCGGGACCUUCAGCCGGUCCCGCCGCGGCCGACUUGAGCGGUAGUGGAAGCUGAGGUGGUAACGGCAGCAGGACCCGCUGCAGUGGCUCCUACCGAGGCAGAAGCGCCAUGUCCGAGCCACCCCCACGGGAUGCGGAGCGCGACCUUUUCCGGGACACGUGGGUGCGAUACCUAGGCUAUGCCAAUGAGGUGGGAGAGGCAUUCCGCUCCCUGGUGCCAGCAGCUGUGGUGUGGCUGAGCUAUGGUGUGUCUAGCUCCUACGUGCUGGCUGAUGCCAUUGACAAGGGCAAGAAGGCGGGAGCUAUACCGAGCUCCGAAGCAGGCCGCAGCACCAGGGUGGCUGUGGCUGUGGUGGACACUUUUGUGUGGCAGGCUCUGGCUUCUGUGGCUAUCCCAGGCUUCACUAUCAACCGUGUGUGUGCUGCCUCUCUCUACAUCCUGGGCACGGCCACGCGCUGGCCUCUGUCCGUCCGCAAGUGGACCACCACUGCACUGGGGCUUCUGGUCAUCCCUGGCAUCAUCCACCCCAUUGACAGGUCAGUGGACUUCCUUUUGGACUCCAGCCUGCGCAAGCUCUACCCCUCAGUGGAGAAGCCCAGCUCCUCCUGACCCCACCCUGGUACUUGGCCUGUGGGUUGGCCCACUCCCUGCUCUGGUCCAACUUCUUCCUCCUGCCAGGGGAUGUGGAUGCCUGGCUCCCUGGGGUCUGAGGCCCUGGCAUCUGAGUAUUUUGAGCCAGAUGGGAACUGAGAGACAAAGGCCUCAAGGAGCGGCAGCUGCUGUGACUCACAGAAAGGGAGACCUGAACCCCAUCUGCUUCCAUGGAAUCCGUGAUACUGAGGGGGAGUGGACUUGUUUUUUUGACAGGAAAGUAACAUCCUCCCAUGGAGGAUACAGAAGCCCAGAUAGGGCAAGGAAUACAGCCAAGAUCACUUAGCAAGCUGGAGCCCCAGGAGCCCCAGUGGCUUGGCCCCAUGGCAGUGUGGCUGGGCCGAGAAGCAGCAGACACUCAGAAAUGCAGGAGUGCAGUCAUGGGCACCCUGAGGACUGAUUCUCCAGCUAGCCCAGCCCUGGUGCUGGACCUGCUCUGGCCUGGCUGGAAGGCAGGACAGUCCCCGGUCCAAUAAAUCCUCAAGAAGUUGA